GAGGCGAAAGUUGCCUGGAAACCUUUGAACAACUGUCUGGUUUCCUUGCCCUCCUCGUUUAUAUAUCCGAUAGUAAACUCAACAAAUUUGCUUGUCCAACAGAUACUCAUACGCAUCACCAACUCCAAAACAGAAAAAUAUAUAAUAACCACGGGCUGGAACGGUGUCACCUCUUCUGACGCUAAAACGAUUGAGAUAGAUAGUCAAUAUGCAAAAUUACUGAACAUACACGAAGGGUUGAUGGUAAACAUCGAACUUGAUUUGCAGUUCCUCAAGGGAAAUAAUAAGGAAACUUUGCUGGCCUCAUCUGUUGAGAUUGAACCGGAAACCACUUCUGAUUGGGAGUUGACCGAGCUUCAUGCCGAAGCAAUCGAAGCUAAUUUUUUAUCUCAGGUGAGAUGCGUUUCUAAAGAUCAAUUGCUAUUGAUUCGUUCUAACCCCACGGCAUCAGGGUCUUCCGCCUCCGGAGCUAUCAGUUUUCGAAUCAAGAAAAUUAAAACACUUGCAGAUGAUGUAAAUCUUGCUCUGGUUGGUAAUACUACCGAACUACAUAUAAUUCCAAAACCGCAUAACCAUCAUCCACAGAAAGCAAAUCAUGAACAAGUGUCAAAUGGCUGUAGAAAGAAACACAGUGUCAGCAGCAAGAGGACACACCAGAAAUCGGACAGUAUUAUCAGAAGGUCAAUAAUCAACCAUGAGGGAUGUGAUAUAACAGUCUAUAACAGAGGUCCAAAAUUGAGUCAGUUCAAAAAUAUCGAAUAUGUUCAAAUAUGUGUCAUUGAAGGCCCUGGAACACCUACACGAGCAAGAAAAACAAGCUCCAAAGAAACUGGGUUAGGGAUUCCAAAAGAUAUGUUUGGAAGAAAGAUAGUGGCGAAAUAUGUUGAUUGUUUCUCUGUCUUCGAUGAGAAUGAUGAUAAUGAAGAACUCGCACUGAGAAAGUCUUCAGUGAUGUUGUCCCCAUUAUUGGCCAUCAGUUUAGGGCUGGAAAAUACCUGCGGUGAAAUUGUCUGUCUUGAGCCAUGCAACAAAAAGUGUAUUAAAUUAGACCUCAAACAGUGUGAAUUAUACAUUCAUAAACUAACGACAACAGGGGACGAAUCAAAUUUUGUAGAUCAAGGGGAAACACUGAAGUUAAAGCAGGAGGCAAAAAACGAAAAGAUGAAGCAGCUAGAAAUGAAAAAACAAUUUUCUGAUAUCAUGAAACAGAUUCUAAUGGGAAUGUAUGACCAAGGCACGCCUUUGACUAAUGGGAUGAAAGUGCCUAUAGUUGAAAACGUCCUUCCAGAAGGUGGUAUAUUGGAAAUUUCCAACAAAACCUCCAAUUCUCUAACAGCUGAUAAGAAGCAAAAAAUCAAACUAGGAAAAUAUCAGUUAGUUCCUCGAAGCAGAAUUCAGAAACCGUUCAAUUCAGCAAGGAAGUUGGAGAUAUAUGGACAAGACAAGAAAAUGUAUCUAAUAAAGCAGUCACUAUACAGCGGAGUGCCAACAUUUUUAUACGGCAAGUCCGGUAGUGGAAAAACCUUGAUCUGCAAGAUUAUUCAGGAAGAAUUUGCUCAAAAAGGUUACUACGUCAAGUAUAUCAACUUCGAGCAAAUUGGAAACGUGUCCAACCUAUUCUCUAAAAUUUUCGAAGAAUGUUUUUGGCAUUCUCCUUCUUUGAUUAUUUUGGAUAAUCUUGAUAAAGUUUUACCAAAAGAUGUUGAGCACGGUGAUAAUUCUAUUAGUCUGCAAUUAUCAGAAAUACUCAUUAGUAAGGCGGAGAAAUAUUGCGAACGAAACAACAUCACGUUCUUGGUAACUUCGGUUUCCAGAAAUUCAAUAAACAAGAUUAUUUUUCAGAAACAUUUGGUAGAUGAAGAAAUUGGUUUAGGAGCACCAAAUAAAACACAACUCUCAGAGAUUUUGGAGAAGAUGACUUCCAAAAGAUUUCCAGAGUAUAUGGAUGGUACGAUGCUCAACUACGUAAGCGAUAUCGCCAGUGAACUAGAGGGAUACUUGCCAUUAGAUUUAGAAAAUAUAUUAGAUCGGGCCUUUCACCAUCUGAUUACUGAGCAGAAAGAUAAAUUUGAUUAUCAGGACUUCAUUUCUGCUAUUGAUGGCUACACGCCCACUUCUUUGAGAGGCGUAAAACUUCAAAAAGCAACUACAAGCUGGUCCAAUAUUGGAGGAUUGCUUGAAGUAAAGAAGAUUCUAUUAGAGACAUUGGAAUGGCCCACCAAAUAUGCACCUAUUUUUGAAAAGUGCACAUUAAGGUUGAGAUCUGGUAUUUUGUUGUACGGAUAUCCUGGUUGUGGUAAAACCAUGUUAGCCUCAGCAAUCUCCUCCCAAUGUGGUUUGAACUUUAUAUCAGUGAAAGGACCUGAAAUUUUGAACAAAUAUAUCGGUGCCAGUGAGCAGUCUGUCCGAGAACUAUUUGAGAGAGCUCAAAGUGCCAAGCCAUGUAUUUUGUUUUUCGAUGAGUUUGACUCGAUUGCUCCUAAGAGAGGGCAUGAUUCGACUGGUGUGACAGAUAGGAUUGUGAACCAAUUGUUGACGCAAAUGGAUGGUGCAGAAGGCUUAGAAGGCGUCUAUGUUCUUGCUGCGACGAGUAGACCAGAUUUAAUUGAUUCAGCAUUAUUGAGACCAGGUAGAUUGGACAAGAGUGUAAUUUGUGAUCUCCCAGAUUAUGAAAACAGGUUGGAUAUUUUAAAAACAAUCGUGAAAAGCAAUGGCUUCAAUCUAAAGGACGAACAAAGCUUGACUGGAAUUGCCAAUGCUACGAAUGGUUACACAGGUGCGGAUCUUCAAGCCGUUGUUUACAAUGCUUAUUUGAAAGGUGUUCACGAGAGGUUAGAGUCUGAUGCAAGUGGCAAUGCGGAAAACCUGGAGUACAAGGUUAUCUUUGGUGAAAAAAUUGAGAAUAACAUGAUUAGAAAUUUUGAUUUAACAAGGAAGAAGAUUGAAACACUAAUGGAAAGCCACGAGAAUUUGGUUUUGCCUUUUGGGAAAACACGAUCACAGCCGGUUGAAGAAAAUGACAGUGAGAAGAUGGGAGCAAAAAUAUACAUCUCACUCAAUCAUCUCCAAGAGUCACUGCAGGAAACGAAAAAAUCCAUUUCUGUGAAGGAACUCGAGAAGCUUGAAAACAUAUACGCACAGUUCGAAAGUAGUAAGAGACCAAGCGAGAUGAAGGAUGGAGAGGGGAGCACCAAUGUCGGUGUACGUACCACCUUGAUG